AGAGAGAGAGAGAGCGCUGGGAGGGAUUCUUUCGAUGGACGGUGAUGCGCAGAGAGGCAGACGGUGACUGUGGGGUUUAUACCAGUUGUUAAGGGGUGUGGGUGGGACUCGGGGUUCCACAGAGCCCUGGUGAACUCUGGGAAGGAGCUUGAAGAUGCUUGAACAGACUGGUCCUCAGCAGCUACAGAGAAAAUGAACACAGAAUAGAUUGUUUAUACUUUUCUUGAGAUCAGAUGAGUGAUUUCAGCUGUUCCAGAGCCAGUAUUUCUGAAUCUAUUUUUUAAGAUGCUUUCAGAUUAGAUGGAAAGAUGACGUCAGACUGCGUGUUCAGUAUUUACCAAAGCACUUAGUGGAAGAUACAACAAUUUCCAACGAAGCAAACUUCCAUCCAGCCAAUGAAAAUAGACUGAACCAAAGUAAAAUAAGUUCUUAAGUCUUCAGGAGAGUCUGCUGCAGCGCUUUGGCAGCAUCCAUGGCGGUGAAUCCUCUGGAAGGUCUCAUGUCGGUCGCAGCGAGCCACCAGCUGGUCUCCAGCUCCACAGCGGAGGCGCAGAGGCAGCGGCCAUGUGCGGCCGGCAGCCUGGCGUCCCUGCACGGACACAGGCAGAGCGUACGUAGCAGCCGCCAGCCGAGAAAGUGGGUGCAGUCUGUGUCUGGUUGUGGUGGGUCUGCUGUCCAGUCCAAGACACUGAGGGGUCAGCACUCCCCCGAAAACGCAGCGAGAGAGAGGAGCCGUGUACGAAACUUGCGACAGGCCUUCCACAGCCUGCAGGCUGCUCUUCCCUCAGUCCCACCAGACACUAAACUGUCCAAGCUGGAUGUUCUGGUUCUGGCUACUAACUACAUAGCUUACCUAACAGAGACCCUGGACCAGGGAGGGAUGCUGGCUGAGCACACCCUGCCAUCGAGGCCGGGUGGAUACCUGCAUCCUGUUAAGAAGUGGCCCAUGCGUUCCCUGCUCUACUGCGGCAGCGUGGGAGAGCUGCUAUCAGGAGUCCCAGCCAAUCAGAUGCCUCCACCUGUACGGGAUGGGACACACCCACUGACCCCCACCUCAGACAAAGCAGACAAAGAGUGAUAGUAAAACAUGGGACAUAACUUUCACCCUGUCUCUUAUCUCCAGUGUUACACAGCCAUGUAGCUACACCAACUUCUCUGGAGACAAAGAUCACUGACGGAAAGCAAUUGAUUGGUUUGCUCAAGCAAAGCAGAAACUAAAAUCAAAUCUUUUAGCCCCCCAAAAGAAAAAGGAAGGCACUAUUUUGAACACUUUGGAUGGAUGAUAAAACAUACAUUCUUGCAGUUUUUGGUUUAUCUAAUAAUGAAGGACAGGGCUUAAAUUAACCUGCAGCUACAAGGACAGUGGCCAUUUUUAGCUCUGGCUGUUGCCUCUGACUAGUUUGUAGAACCUGACCGAUAUGGGAUUUUGGAUUAAUCUGUGAAAAAGAUUCACAGAUUACCAAUAAUUAUUCAUUCAAU